AUCUAAGAUCUGGAAAAUUGCAAACUAAUUUCCUACUUCAAAAUAAAGGGAAAACGAUCUAAAGAUGAUGAAUUUCAGCAUGACUGAAGGCAGGAAGGAAGCAAAUAUUCAACCCAAUGAAAAGAAUAAUUGUUGGAGAUGUGGUGUCAAAGCUGCACAAGAGGCAGCAAAUGGAAGGAAAGCUGCACAGGAGGUAGCAAAUGAAGAAGGAAGGCUGCACCAAAGCACGGCUGUGAAGAUGGAGGCAUAUGUUAGUCCCACCAUGGGAAAUGUCAAGGAGAGGAAAGUUGGAUUCAAAGAGAAGGUGUUCAUGGUUGUUCCAAAAUCAAUCCGAAAGGACAAAACAUGGAAUGGGAAACUGAGCACAAAAAACUCAAUUUCAUGCAACAACAAAGCGAAACCGAAGCAUGAAGAACUACAAAUGGCAGAUUCCAAAUGCUUUGGUAAAUUUCUUCCUUCCCGUAGCUUUAACACCAAGGAGGAGUGUUGGAGUUGUGGUGUCAAAGCUGCACAAGAGGAAGCAAAUGGAAGGAAAGCUGCACAAGAGGCAGCAAAUGGAGAAGGAAGGUUGCACCAAAGCACGGUAGCAGCUAAGUGUAGCAAACCAUGCUACAAAUGUUGAUGAAAUGAGGCUGUAAUGAAAUGCAAAUGAGGCUGCAAAGUAGCAGCAAGUAUAGCCACAUGAAGCUGCACAAGUGGCAGCAAGUCUUUUAAUGUAAUCUUGCAUUAAAUGUAUUAGAUAAGUAUGAAAAUUACUAUUGAUGUACUGAGUUUUCUGCUAUAUAAUAGCAGAACAUGAAUGAAGAAAAGUGGAGUUCUCACCUUAAUAAAGAGGAACUCCCAGU